GACAAGUGACUGCAUAAGGAAGAAAAUGGCCAGGACCAAGCAAACCGCUCGUAAAUCCACCGGAGGAAAAGCUCCCAGGAAGCAACUCGCUACCAAGGCUGCCCGUAAGAGCGCCCCAGCCACCGGAGGCGUGAAGAAGCCCCAUCGUUACAGACCUGGUACCGUUGCUCUGAGGGAGAUCCGCCGCUACCAGAAGUCCACCGAGCUGCUAAUCCGUAAGCUUCCGUUCCAGCGCCUGGUCAGGGAGAUCGCUCAGGACUUUAAGACUGAUCUGCGCUUCCAAAGCUCAGCUGUCAUGGCUCUGCAGGAGGCUAGCGAGGCUUACCUGGUCGGUCUGUUUGAGGACACCAACCUGUGCGCCAUCCAUGCCAAGAGGGAAGAAACAGUAACCAUGAGUGGAAGGGGCAAGGGAGGCAAAGGACUCGGAAAGGGAGGCGCCAAGCGUCACCGUAAAGUUCUCCGCGAUAACAUCCAGGGAAUCACCAAACCCGCCAUCCGCCGUCUUGCUCGUCGUGGCGGAGUGAAGCGUAUCUCGGGUCUGAUCUACGAGGAGACCCGCGGUGUGCUGAAGGUGUUCCUGGAGAACGUGAUCCGUGACGCCGUCACUUACACCGAGCACGCCAAGAGGAAGACCGUGACCGCCAUGGACGUGGUGUACGCUCUGAAGAGACAGGGCCGCACUCUGUACGGCUUCGGCGGUUAAACUCAUUCACACCAACUGAAAGAACUCAACGGCUCUUUUAAGAGCCACACACUUUUUUUUAAGAGCUUCGUUCUAAUACGAUGUACUAUUUAUAAUAUGGCAACAGUAGAAAUCUCACAUUUCGGGCAUAGUCUUGAUUUGCUGAACAAAGUAUGUUAAACUAUAACUGGUUCAGACACUUGCAUUUUGUUUGUCUGUAAACUGUAGCAUUACAUAAUUGUUUAAUCCAGUCAAAAAGGGAUCUUGGGAAUUUGUGUUCAUCAGCAUCAUCCUCUGAAGGAGAUAUUCCCCUUCAUGUCAUAGAAGGGAAUCAUCAAAGAGCCAAGGGGUUUAGUUUCUCCCUCUUCCCUUUGAUAAAAAUACUUGUUACAUUGUAUACUACAUCACAAUAGAACAUGUACAACAAUUAAAUACCUCAUAUGACCAUG